CCGCACCGCACCGCACGGACGGGCCGCCCUGCCCCGCGGGUGCGUGCAGGGGCGCAGGCGGAGGCCGCUGCCCCGCUGCGGUGCGGGCCGAACAGGGUGUAGGUUGAAAUAGCGGAAGUCAGCGGUGGGGCUGUCACCUCCGGGAACGCAGGCUCCGGCUUUCAAAGCUGCUGAGCGGCGCCGAGAGGGGAUGAUGAAGCUGGUGAGCGGUCUGGAGCACAAGUCUGAUGAGAAGCGGCUGAGUGAGCUGCGGCUGUUUAACGUGGAGAGAAGGAGGCUGAGGGGAGACAUGAUCGCUGUCUACAACUGCCUGAAGGGAGGUUGUAGCAUGAAUGGUGUUGGUCUCUUCUCCCAAGUAACAGGCAAUAGGAUGAGAGGGAACGGCCUCAAGUUGUGCCAGGGAAGGUUCAGAUUGGAUAUUAGGAAAACUUUAUUUGUGGAAAAGAUCGUCAAGUGUUGGAACAUGCUGCCCAGGGAUAUGGUGGAGUCACCAUCCCUGGAGGUGCUUAAAAGACAUGUAGAUGAGGUUCUUAGGGACAUGGUUUAGUGACAGUGUCCGGUUAAUGUUUGGACUUGAUGAUCUCGAGGGUCUUUUCCAACCAAAAAGAUUCUAUGAUUCUAAGCGUUUUCUGUCCAAGCUUUGAGCAACCAGGGGUGUGAAAAGUUGGGCUCCAAGUUAGACGGCACAAAACGGUGCCCCUCAAAUCGGGGGAUCCAACUGGAACAAUGAUGGCUUGCAGAUUUGUGCCCUCAGGACACCUUGCAGAAAAAAAAAAAUAAUAAAGAAAGCCCUGUGACAUUAAAAGAAACCUCUGCCUUGCUGAGUGGCUGUCUGAUAGACAAUGAAAAGGGAUGGAUGGUUGGAUAGCCAAGGGAAGGUGAAGUAGAAGCAGUCUGGUGUGGCAGUGCUGUUUCUUCCUGAUUUCCCUUUUCUCUCACCACUUCCCCAGAAAAUGAGAGGAGGCUCUUCCUGAAGGGACAUCUCUGAGCCCUCUGAUGCCUGCCUGCUGAUACAUUAGCAAAGGUGCCAGAAGUCCCUGGGGCUGCUGUCCCCUUCUAGCCAACAGCCCAGACAUGCCAGCUGUAACACCACCCUCUCAAAAAAUUACAGGAAAGUGUAAAAACAAAUGUGUGUAUUACUUAAUUUUUAUUGCUUGCUUUCUUGAUUUGGACCUCUGAAACUCAAUUUUUUCAGGCUUUUCUCAACAACACUCAAGGGACUAGUUUACUUUUUUUUUGUCCAAAAGUUGAGAAUCUCUCUGAAUCUUACUGGAUUAUCCAAGUGGGAGAAACUUCAUGUUCAGCUGCUGGCUGCCAGCAACACUAAAACUCCUUUAUAUUCCCUCAGUUAAAAGCUGUCUGACCUGGCAGUUUUGCUCAGGCGAGUCCUAUUCAGUGCAGGGUUCACAAGAUAUUUGCUAUUACAGGAUGAAAUGAACGUAAACAGCAUUUGCUGGAACAAUAGCAGUAUUUCCAUCACAACACACUUGAAGGUCUUUUUAGAAACACAUUAAAUACGUGGGUUAAAAGCAGACACUGUUUGGAAUGCCUUUGGUCCAGUUCCACCUUCCCACUCUGACUUCUCUAACAUGUGGUUGUGGCCAGUACUGUAAGCCAGUAACUCAGUCCCGGCUCCUCUUGAUCUGCCAGGUGCCUUUGACUUUACUGGUUAUUCCCUUUUCAAACUCUGUACUGUUUUUGAUGUUUCUCCUUUCAUAGAUACUUUGGUUUUGCUCACACUUUGGCAGUACUUCCUUCAGAAGAUCCUCACAAUCUACCUUUCGGCUUUCUACUGAAGUGCUGUGUUGCUCUGCACUUGGUCCCAGUUCCAUUCUCAAUAUAUAAUUUGGAGUGAUUCCUGCCUGAUAAUCCCAGGUCUCCCUACUCUCCCCGCUCAUUUCAGAAAAUAUAUAUUUGCUUUUUAGGUUCCUUUAGCUAUACUCCCUGUAGCCUGUCCUGCUUUUACUGAUAGCGGUGAUACCACAUCAAAGCCAGAGCAACAAGUGGUCACUCAAGGAAAGGGUUGUUCCUCUUGGCAUCGUUUGUUCAGCAGAGUUUUGCAAAUCAGAUGUGGAAUUUCUUGAAACAGUUAUUGUGGAGCAUCCACAUGCAAAGAUGUAGAUCACAGAAUGUAUUAAAAUCACAUUCAAGAAAGCCAUAUGGCAGUAGCAUGAUGACAGAUUUCCUCACGGUGUGAUGGGGUUUUUUUAGGGGUCCUUUUUGCUUUUGAAUACAAAAAAAAAAAAAAAAAAAGCCGAAAUGUGUGUGCCUCUCUCAGCUGAAUUGUGCAUUGUGUUUUAACAAAUGUGGAAUUGAGUCUUUACUGGAUACUUAAGUACAAUUCCAUUAUCUGAAGAGUCGUAAAGAUAAGCAAAAUUGUUCGAUAAGGUCUGCUGUAAUCCCUAAUCCCCUAUCUGAGGGGAAGGGAGUUGGCCAGCCAGGGAGAGUGGCAGGUGCUUGGUACAGCGUUAGCACAGCCGGCAGGGCUGGAUGCCACAGGUGAGGGCUUGGGUCUGCGGGAGCUCUUCCCACAGUGCAGUGCUGCCUGUGUAUGUGCCUUUCUGUAAACCCAGAGUUUCCGUGCCAGAGCACACUCGGUAAUUCUGCUGGCAGGCCACCAGCUUCAGCAGUUUCCCCCUCCCCCUGGUGGCAUAGAUGAGUUUCACUUAAUGGAGUUUAAGUAAUUGGCUUUUGGCAAAUAAGGAAUGCACUUAAAAAAAUACUUCGGGGAAUACAUUUUACCUAUAAAUACUGUGUGCAUAUAACCACAAAGAUACCCGAUACCUGUAAGUUCCUUUCAUGGCGCAUAAGGAUGAUAAGGGUCCAGCUGCUCAGAAAAUUAAGCCAAUGCUCUUUCCCUUUUCACCUUCUCUAGGGAGGGCUUCAUCAGAAGAGAGAUCUCCUUUUGAAUAUCUGGAUAUUCUGUACUCAGCCCAGAGUUUUGGAUUAUACAAGGCCUAAGCAAAAAAUAAUGGAUUAUCUUUGGUCUUCGCUCAAGGCGUUUUCAGCAUCUUCUCUGGGAGAGAUCAAAACAGCCCCCGGAAAGUCAUUGUUGUCACUUCAAACGUGGCUGUCAUCCAGGCAGCAGGCAGAGCUCGAAGCUGUGGUAACUUUAGUAAGUGUGACAUUCACUGGGCAGAAUGCAAUGUCCUGUUGCAAUAACACACACAUAUUUUUUUUGUCUGUACUACUGGAGGGAGAGACGGUGAGACCUUAUACUUCAGCAACUAUGAGCCAGCACAUUGAGAAGCUCUAUAGAUCUGCAGUGUCUUCAUUCAUCCUCUACUUGCUGGUGGAUGUUGCUGUUAGUGUUGGAAAUGUGAGCAAGGAGAAUGCAGCUGUAACUCAUAUAAUUGCCCAGCCUUCAUUGUUGACAACAUUUGAGCCAUGGCACCUUUCGGUGGCUCAAACACCAGCCAAGGAAAAAGCCAAAGAGGGUGAAACUGUGAUCUUAAAUUGCCACUUCAACAGUCCACGACAUCCCUCCCUCGCUGACCUGACGGUGAAGUGGUACAAAGAAGAUGAAAACGGGAAGAUGGACCUGCUAGAAAACAAUGUGACCGUCUUGCCAAAUAACUCCAGGGUUUUCAUGAGUGGAGACUUGUCCCAUGGGGAUGCUUCCCUGGUGAUACUCAAUGUGACAACCAGUGACCAUGGUAUUUAUUUCUGUGAGGUUACACUUCCAGAUGGGAAGGUGGUGACAGGAGAUGGCACAAAACUCAGGAUCAGGAGGUCUCUGGGCUUGUUUGGUAUAGAAGAAUCCAUUGGAACUAUCAUUGGGGUUGUGGCAGCUGGUAUUGGAGGUGUAGUGGUUCUGAUCAUCGUUUUAACCCCACAGCUGAGGAAGUGCAUCCUCUGCAUGAGACAAGGCUCUCGCCAAGCAUAGCUUGAGGCACAGCGCUACACGAGUUGCUGGAAGAUGCAAAGCCUGCAAGUGCAACGCCUUCUGAUGCCCUGGAAGCCAGAAGUGGAGCUCUAGAUUGAAUAAAAACUUUCACCUCCGUA